AUGAUCAAAAAUCAAGAGAAUAAAAAAAUCGAGCGAACCUCCGAGCUCAGCCCGCCUUUGAUUAAACUAUCAUGUUCCGAGUUCAAUGAUCCGAUAACCUUCUUAUUUUACCCGCUUUCGCGCUAUGACUGGUACGUAAAACUUAACAGAUCGAAGCUCAGCACGACCGCUCCGGAUCAGGCAGCGCAGCGGCAGCAGCAGGACGACAUGGCUGCUCUGGACGCGGACGGUCAGAGGGCGUUAAUGCAGCGCGGCACCGGAGCACUAAAUCAGGAGCAGCCGGCAACAAACCUGACGUCCAUCCAGCUCACAGGCUCGUCCGACCGCUGGGAAGUGCUUACCCCGGUUUCAACGGGUAAACAAAACUCGGGUGUAGUGCAGUUAUCCAGUGGGGGACUUGUUGGCACCAAUGGGCAGUAUGUGCUGCCACUGCAGACUGUGUCAGGCCAGACCCAGUCUGUUUUUGUCACUGCCGGGACAGAUGGUACCAGUGCCAACGGAGUCCAGUAUCAGGUCAUCCCACAGCUCCAGGGCACAGAUGCGGCAUCACUAGGUUAUGCCACACACGCUGCAGACGGAGCCUCACUGGAUUCGAACAUUGCCAUACUGCCUGAUGGCAUGCAGGGCCUUUCCUCAGCCACCAACACCAGUGAUCUUCAGAGUUUGCUGGCCCAGACUGGACAGUUGCAGCAGAUCUCCAGCGUCUCAUUGACUGGAGGUGGGUUCGGAGGCCAGGGCCAGGUGGUGGCAAACAUGCCAGUAGGUUUACCUGGAAACAUCACAUUUGUGCCUCUUAACAGCCUGACAAAUGCUGACCUGGAAUCUCUAGGGCUGGCUGGCGCUCAGACCAUUGCCACAGGUAUCACAGCUGAUGGGCAGCUCAUCAUGGCUGGCGACAACAAUGCCCACACUGCUAGCAAUGCCAACACCUUUGUGCCAACAACCUUAGCUUCCUUUGCCACGUCGCUCCCCGAGACGAUAGACGGCACGGGGGUUCUGACUCAAGCCACAGCUGUUUCGGCCGGCCAACAGGACCCGUCUUUUUUGCAGCAGAACCAUGUUCCUACGUCUGUGCCAGCCUCUGUGCCCACAACCACCGAGCCUAUGGUUCAACUGGUGCCUGCACCAACAGCUGAUGGUGCUGCACAGACUCUGCAGAAUGUGCAGUUACUAAACGCUGGCACCUUCCUCAUCCAGGCACAAACUGUCUCACCUACAGGUCAAAUCCAGUGGCAGACCUUUCAGGUCCAGGGUGUACAGAACCUGCAAAACUUGCAACUGUCCAGUGUCGGUGGGGUCGCGCAGCCACAGAUCACUAUUGCCCCCAUGCAGACACUGUCGCUCGGGCAGUCAGGUUCCAACGUGCACGCUGGACACAUCCCCAACCUCCAGACGGUCACAGUCAACUCAGUCGCACAGUAUCAGCAAGAAGAGAACACAGAAAAUUCCUCAGGCAUUCGUAUCAAGGAGGAACCAGACUCUGAUGACUGGCCGCUGAGCAGAGACUCCACCUUGAACACCAGCGACCUGUCACACCUUCGGGCGCAAAUGCUAGAGGAAGACCCUGAGGGUAUGGGACAGGCUGGCAAGAGGCUACGUCGUGUGGCUUGCACAUGUCCCAACUGCAAAGAGGCUGGCGGAAGAGGCUCAGGUAUGGGCAAGAAGAAGCAGCAUAUUUGUCACAUCCCCGGCUGUGGAAAGGUGUACGGGAAAACAUCUCACCUACGCGCUCACCUGCGCUGGCACUCGGGUGAGAGGCCUUUCGUCUGCUCGUGGAGCUUCUGCGGCAAGAGAUUCACACGCAGCGAUGAGCUGCAGCGCCAUCGCAGAACACACACAGGGGAGAAGAAGUUUGUGUGUUCUCUGUGCUCGAAGCGCUUUAUGCGCAGUGACCAUUUGGCCAAACACAUUAAAACUCAUAUGAAUAAAAAAGGGCUAAACACUGCCCCUGUGGCAGAGCAGAUGGAGGCCAACGCCCCCUCGGACAGCAUCAUCACAGGGGGCGGGACCACGCUCAUCUUGACCAAUGUGCAGCAGUCUGGCACCCAGGAGCUCCUGUCAAACUCUGACCUCCCACUUCAGCUGGUCACUGUGUCUACCAAUGAGGUCAUGGAGUGACCUAAAGAGCUGCCCAAGUUCACAGCUUUUCACUAUCAAUUUUUAUAUAUAUGAUAUAAAUAUAUAUAUAAAUAUAUAUUUUAAAAAUGAACGAUCAUUUAUGUUCUGUAGCAGUCUUUUGUACAAACAGGACAAAAACAGGGGCAAGGACAUUGUGUGAUUUUAGACACACACACACUUAUAUAUGCAUAUACAGUAUACUCAAACACACACUAACACGAAAAUGCCUUAUUUUGUAUCAUACUCUAGUAUAUGAUGCUGGACUUGCAUGUAUUUGUACUUUCUCUUAUUGAAACGUUCAGGCAGUGAUAAUGUGAGUGUGUAUGAAAGUUAUGGUACAGGGAUAUUGCAGUGUGUCUGUGUGUGCAUGCGUGUUGUUGAGUUUGUGUGAAUUUUGGCAGCAGGAGAGGGAAGUGAUAUCCUCAGAGGGAGCCAUACUCAUGAUCUGUCCAUUUUUAUCCCUCCCUGUCAUCCACCCCUCUCUCCGCGGGCCACGGUCCAAAUGUGUUCUUUAUUUUGUAUUGUUUCGUUUCAUGUAUUCCUAUACAGCUUUUGUGCUUAUUUUUGCCCUCUGUAUCAUGGUUGAGGGAUUUUUUUUGUUUUUCCAUCGUCCAAAUGCAACUUGAAACAAUCGUAUAAUGUAAUGUUUAUUUUUUGUAUUUUUUUUUCUUCCUAUGUGCUUGAUUUUUAUUUUUUUUCCCUUCCUGGCUCCAAGCUGCUUUAUGUAGUUAAUCUUAUAUAUGAUUCAGUUGUAUCACAUUCUUUAUUUUAAUUACUUUUUUAUUGUGUAAAAUUGUGUUACUUUUGUACAACUUUUCUUUUUCAAAUGGAACACAAUUAAAAUCAAAAUCCUUCCUUUAAUAA